GGGCGUGGCCCCGCGGGCACCCGGAAGGAGCGGCCGGAGUCGCGCAGCAGUCGGGGCCGAGGCGGUGGCGGCGGCGGAGGGGGGCGCUGGCAACCCAGCACAGCUGGAACAAGCAAUCCCCAGGCCACAGUGUGGGUGCCGACAGCUGAGAGCUGCCUUUCCAACCUGCACCAAGGAGAACCAAAAGGGUCUGUUCUCCACGGAGUCCCCAAGAAGAUGGAACCAAGCAACUGAGUGACCUGAAGCUGAAGAGAGAUGCCAGGAAAUUUGUAGGCAUCAAAGGUACAGUGCUGGUGGAUUAUGACCACAGGGAAGCUGUGGCUGUGCCCAGGAAGCUGUGUUGCAUCUACAAAUCUCCUUCGUACAUCAAGGGCACCUUUGAGCAGAGCUGCUGUGGAGACUGAAGAGCUGGAGAGGACAGUGCAGAGGUUUGGAGGCACACCGUGAUGGUGGGAGCCAUUCCACGGCAGCCACGCCGCUUUUGGGGGGUGCCCGACUGGCAGGUGUCUUCAGCUAGUUGUGCCAACGACUGUCCACUGCAGGACGGGGAGCCUAAUCUGGAGUGGAGUGGGGUUCUGCUGCAGAGGGAUGCUGCGCUGCAGUGCACCCCAUAACAGAGGGCUCACCCGGACAUCCUGAACAAGGGGGGUCCAGCUCCCACCCGCUGCCCUCACACAGCGGCCCUGUGGCACUUUACUGUCCCUCCCCUGCUGCUGCAUGUGCUGUUUUGACUCCGGCUCCACUCGGGGUCCAGCCAAGUAAGGCUCCAUGCGGCACAUCCACGCAGAGGCAUCCCUGCCCCCAGAGCGCAGCACGGACUCUGGCCUGUCCCGGCCAGGUGGAGAGGCGGCCUUGGAGCCUUCCUCGCAAUGCUGCACUCACCGCAGCAUCCUCAUGGGCUACAACGAGACAGAGAUCAAGCGCCAGAAGGUUUACCAGGUCUCCAUCUUCUCCCAUCUCUCCAGCUCCUCCGAGAACACAGAGCAGCGGACAGGCAGCCGGCCAGCCAUUAAGAGAGGAUACCCUGAGCAGCGAACUCCGGAAGGGGCACGGGAUCCCAAACGAACUCACUGGGGUGGCGGGGGGGUGGAUGGCAAGUGGGAUGGGGGUCCUGGGCAGGGUUCCCUGGACGAUGACGAUGCCUUCGAGGAUGGUCUGCUGGUGGAGGAGCUAUCCCUGUGCGGCUCUGCUCAGCACUUCUCUCACAGUGGGCUGCGGGUGGUGGAGCACCGAUGCGAGGGCAGCCCGAGCCACAGUCCCAAGGCCAGCAGAGAGGAGAGGUCGCAGGAUGCCUCGUCCUCCUGGCCACAGCACAUUGCUUGCAGUACUUUGCACACAAGAGACAGUUGCCCUGCCCCGCCAGAGGAUCAGCCUGGAGACUACGGGGAGAACGGGGAGCGGGCAAGUGGCCACAACCUACUUGAACUUGAUUUGCACAAUAUUGCACAAACACCCCAGGCAGCCUCUGGUGGGAAGAGAGAGAAGCCGGAGAGCAGCCCUGCUCAUAGUAGCAGGACUGGCAGAGAAGGGAAAUGGCUAGUGAUGGCCAACGGGUGCAAGGAGCCCCCAGCUCCUCAGACGGCACUCAGCCCUGAGCCCAGCAGCCUGAGCUCCUCAGAGAAGACACCCUGCGGGAGCAGCCGGCUCAGCGGGCGCAGCUGCCCAGCCAAACGGAAGCUGCUGCCGGCCGGGGAGGUUGCAGCUGAUUCCUGCUCGGAGGACGAGAGCCUGUCCCCACCAGCGAGGAAGAAGAGGGCCCUGCCAUGCCAUCCAGUGCCCACGGCCUGCCGCAGCACCGAUGCCAAGGGGGCCCCUUUCUGGAAUCACCUGCUUCCAGCAGCCAAGAGCUCUGCAGAUUGCACUACAGUCGGGAGGAGGCUGAAGAGCGGGCUGCGCCUCAAAUCGCGACAUCUCCGGAGCAGCCUCCGGAGAGGGACCCGGCCCUCUGCAGCCCCCUGGACCACCACCACUGUCAGUCAUGCUCUGCUGGGCAACUUUGAGGAGUCCAUCCUGAAGGGCCGCUUUGCACCAUCAGGGAGGAUCGAGGGUUUCACGGCGGAGAUUGGAGCCAGCGGCUCCUACUGCCCACAGCAUGCCACCCUGCCUGUUGACGUCACCUACUUCGACAUCUCUGAACACAGCGCGCCCUCGCCUUUCCUGGGAGUGAUUGAUUUGGAGGCCUUGGGAAAGAAGGGUUACAGUGUCCCGAAAGCUGGAACCAUCCAAGUGACCUUAUUUAACCCCAACAAGACUGUGGUGAAGAUGUUCUUGGUCACAUACGACUUCCAGGACAUGCCGGCCAACCAUAUGACCUUCCUACGCCACCGCAUCUUCUUGGUGCCUGUGGGGGAGGAGGAGGGGGCUGCCGUGGCCUCCAGCAACCCACCAGGCACUGGCCCACCCCGCAGGGUCCUCUGCUACCUGAUGCACCUGAGGUUUCACAGCUCCAAGUCGGGGAAGAUCUACCUUCACAACGACAUCCGGCUGCUCUUCUCCCGCAAGUCAAUCGAGGUUGACUCGGGGAUUCCCUAUGAACUGAAAUCCUUUACAGAGAUGCCAAGGAACCCUUGCUACUCACCCUGGGCCUGAGCGCGGAGCCCCCUGACCUUCUCCGUCGCCCAGGGCCACUGGGGGAGCAUCCAGCCCAGCACUUCUGAGAGAGAUGAGUAAAGGGCCGGAGAGCAGGUGCCACCUUGAAGUAUCACCCUCCCCACAUGGCUGUGUCCUUCCCAGCACCAUGGACAUCAUGGCUGUGCCCUGUGGCAAGGCUGGGAUCACCAAGGGGGCUUGGGAAGGAGGGGCAGGGGCUGGUGAGCAGCCCCUGCACUCCAGAGACAUGCCCAGGUCUUUCGGCGGCGCUGCUCCAAGCUCAGAGAUGUGGCUGGGGUUGAGGGGGGAGCUCAGCCUGGAAGGGGGGCUUGGGGUGAGGCUGCCUGGGCCAGGCCCUGGGCUGGGAGCAGAAAGUGCAGAAGGGUUCAUAUUUAUUAGUAUUUAUUGUCACUGGGAGUGUGGAGGAGGCUUGUGCAGAGGAUUGAAGAUGCUGUUCUUCCCUCACAGCCCUCCUGGCCUCGCAGGCACUGGACAAGCCACCCAGGCAGUGGGCAGGCUGCGCCCAGCAGUGUGGGGCCGCCAGCAUUGUGGCGGGGCUGUGGGGACUGUGAGGGUCGCCAGCAGCAGGGGGGCAUCCCCAGCUGUGCAAGGAGAGGGCGACCGACCUGUCAGAGGGGAUAGGGCACAGCUCCCCUGCAGCAGGCUGAGACUUGCUGGGCCCCGUUCCUGCUGGGCCUGCUCCCCUUUGGGCAGCUUGGGGAGGCCUGUGCUUGCCCUGCAACUCCUUUAGGGCAAGGCAAGCCCCAGGAAGCCUGGAGCUGGCAGGGAAGCGGCUGUCACCGGAGAGGUGGCAGUGACAUGAAGGGACAGGGACCUGGGGGGUCUCUGGAAGAGCAGGGGCAGCCCUUCCAGCAAGGGCCUCUGGAGCCCAUGUGUGCCGCGGAUUUGAGAGAAGGUGGAGAUCACCAAAAGACCUUGGCCUUGUGCUGUCUGUGCGUGUGUGGGGUGAAUCCUCUUGCUUCUGCGGCCGCCGGGAACCUGCUUUGGGCAAGGGCCUGCCAACAGCAUGAUCAGCUGCUGGCAGAGGCGGAGGAGGCCUGGCUGGGUCCGGGGGUAGCGUGGGGAAGAGAGGAAGCAGCAGAGGGAAUCGAACCAUCAGCUUGGGGUGGGGAUUAUUCCCAGUGGUAUCUCUUCCUGCCCCUAAGCCUUGGGAAAUGUGUGUGAGAAGAACACGUUAAGCCCGGGGGAUGUCAGGGACAUGAGGGGCAGCCUGCAAGGGAAAAGCGGCCUCAGAGCUUGUCAAUACCUGAUCUGAGCCACCCCAGUGCUACGGCGUCGCUGCUAGGCUUUUCCUGGAAGAUCAGGCUGGGGGGAGCCCCAGCCAGGAUCCCCGAGAAGGGAGGAAGAAGGGGCCAGGUCGCAGCCCAGCGAACACCCCUCGUGUGCCCCUGAGGGCCAGCACAGCUGUGCCAGCAGGGCCGGCGCUGGGCCCCUUCCCCCAGCACCGGCAGGAGCGAGGACCACAGCGCUGCAGCCUCACCGGCGGUAGGCCCAGGCCCCUGCGGCUGCCUGGGCUCCGGGAGGGACAGGCCGGAGUCCUGCUCGCUGCCCGGGCAGGGGGGUGGCAGAAGAGGCCGGGGUCGCUGGCCCCAGCAGGGGGGAGGCCGGGGUCCUCAGCCUGCCCCUGGCCUGGGGGAACGCUGCUGCGGGAACGUGAGAGCUGUGGGAGCAGCUGUGCCCGGUACUUUUUGUGUUUGUUUUUAAUUUAAUAAACGCUGGCUUGGACACCGA